UUUUUUUAUUCUGUUUCCGAAGGUUUUGGGAGGCCCUCUUCAAUCAAGCAGUUUUAUGUGGAUGUUGACAAGGAAGAGUGGAAGCUAGAGACACUAUGUGACAUAUUUGAGCUGACCCUUAAAGCUAAAUCCAUCACUCAUUGUAUCGUCUUUGUGAAUACCAUGGACAAAGUGGACUGGCUCAUGGACGAGUUGCGAAGCAGAGAUCAUAAAGUGUUUGUCAUCCUCAAGUUUUUUUCCCAGGACAUUAGGGAUAUAGUUACGCGCGAGUUUUUUUCCCAGUCUAGCUCUCCUCAAGUUCUCAUUACCACCGACCCCCAGCUUUGUGGUGCAGAUGUGCAUAAAGCGUCUCUGAUCGUAAACUAUGAUCUCCCAACUGUGCCUGAAAACUAUCUUCACCGUAUAGGCCGGAGUGAGAAAUUUGCUAUAAACUUCAUGACAGAGGAUGAGACUAGUAUGAUCAUAGAUAUUCAGAAAUUCUACAAUAUGGUUAUAGAGGAGCUGCCAUGCAAUUUUGAAGAUUUGCUCUGA